AUGGGUUCCGUCAAGGGUUCCGUGAAGGAGUUUCCCCGCAUCAAGGAGAUCCGCACGUUUGUGAUCGACGGAGUCGGCUCUGGGGGUGAUUAUCACAAUGUCAAGGGUGGUCACUGGCUCAUCGACAGUAACAUCUCCACGCCAAUGACCAAAUGGGCAGAGUAUCGUGGCUCACGGACUUCGUGGGGUAUCAAUGUGCUGGGUUCCUUUUGUGUGGAAAUUGAAGCCACAGAUGGAACAAAGGGAUUUGCAACUGGAUUCGGUGGCCCUCCUGCUUGUUGGUUGGUCCAUCAGCACUUUGAGCGCUUCCUCAUCGGCGCAGACCCCCGAGACACGAACAACCUUUUUGAGAAGAUGUACCGAGCUUCAAUGUUCUAUGGUCGCAAGGGUCUACCAGUGGCCGUCAUUUCAGUAAUUGAUCUGGCGCUGUGGGAUCUUCAAGGCAAGAUUCGCAACGAGCCAGUAUACAAGAUGAUUGGCGGUGCUACUCGAGAACGCUUACACUUUUACUGCACUGGUCCACAACCCGGCUCGGCCAAAGCAGCAGGAUUCAUCGGCGCAAAGGUCGCACUGCCUCAUGGGCCUGAUGAGGGAACGGAAGGCCUGCUGAAGAACGUCGAAUAUCUGCGCAUGCAGCGAGAAAGCGUUGGCCCGGACUUCCCUCUCCGCGUCGACUGCUACAUGUCCCUGACUGUUCCCUACACUAUUCAACUAGUCAAACGCUGCGAGGCGCUUGGUUUGGACAUUGAUUGGUGGGAGGAGUGUUUGUCCCCUGAUGACUUUGAUGGUCACGCUCUCCUGAAGCGCGCUCAUCCCACCGUCAAGUUUACCACUGGUGAGCACGAGUACUCCCGCUACGGCUUCCGCAAACUUGUUGAAGGGCGAAAUCUGGACAUCAUCCAACCAGACGUCAUGUGGGUUGGAGGUCUGACCGAGCUUCUGAAAGUUUCGGCUCUGGCUGCUGCAUACGACAUUCCCGUCGUGCCUCAUGCUUCGGGACCUUACUCAUAUCACUAUGUGGUCUCUCAGUCCAACUGCCCCUUCCAAGAAUACCUGGCCAAUUCGGCCGAUGGCAAGACCGUCGAGCCUGUCUUUGGCAACCUGUUCACCAAUGAACCUAUCCCAGUGAAUGGCUUCCUCGAUGUGUCUGUCUUGGACAAGCCCGGAUUUGGUCUGGAGCUCAAUCCAUCUGCGCCCCUAAUCCCGGCCUCUGCCCUUCUCAAUCCCUCACCUCAGAAGAGCCUGCGCGCACCUGGAGAGGAGAGUCAAAAUGGCGUUCAGAGCCCCUGA